AUGCCUUCUUCCCGUUUAACAUCCCAUGUUGUUAUCUUUCCUUUCAUGGCUCAAGGCCAUACUCUUCCAUUACUAGACCUAUCAAAAGCUCUUUCACGCCAACAAAUCAAAGUGAGCAUCAUCACCACCCCAUCAAAUGCUAAAUCAAUAGCCAAAAACAUUGCUAACUACCCAAAUAUCAACCUCAUUGAAAUCCCAUUCCCCAUUGUUGACGGCCUCCCUGAAGGUUGUGAAAACACCUCUCAACUCCCUUCUAUGGAAUUUCACUUUCCUUUUGUCCAGGCCACCAAACAACUCCAAAAGCCCUUUGAACAAGCACUAGAAACCAUGUUAAAAUCAAAAGCCCCUCCUUUAUGUGUCAUUUCAGAUUCCUUUUUUGGCUGGACACUGGUUUCUUGUCAAGCUUUUGGUGUCCCUAGGCUAGUCUUUCAUGGCAUGGGUGUUCUAUCAAUGGCCAUUACCAAAUCUGCUUGGUUCCAUGCACCAAAACUAGAAUCAAUGCCAAUUCUUGAUUCUUUAGAUCUGCCUGACAUCAAAACUCCCUUCACUUUGACUAAAGCUGACUUGCCAGAGCCACUCCACUCACCAGAACUUGAUGACCAAUUUUAUCAAUUCAUAGAAGAAGCAGGAGAGGCUGAUGCAAAGAGUUGGGGAAUCAUUGUUAAUAGCUUUGAAGAGCUAGAAAAGAGUUAUAUCCCAUCUUUUGAAUCUUUCUACGUCAAUGGGGCUAAGGCUUGGUGUUUAGGCCCUCUAUGUUUGUAUGACGAAAUGGAAAUCAACAACUCCACUAACCCAAGCCAUUCCUCUACGUCAACACAAUGGCUCAACGAGCAAGUCACACCAGAUUCUGUGAUAUAUGUUUCAUUUGGUACACAAGCUGAUGUAUCAGAUUCUCAGCUGGAUGAAGUGGCUUUUGGCUUGGAGGAGUCAGGAUUUCCAUUCCUAUGGGUGGUACGAUCAAAGACAUGGUCUUUACCUAGUGGCAUGGAGGAGAAAGUAAAAGGUAAAGGUUUGAUUGUCAAAGAAUGGGUUGAUCAACGUCAAAUACUAUCUCAUCGUUCAAUAGGUGGGUUCUUGAGCCAUUGUGGUUGGAAUUCAGUGAUGGAAAGCGUAUCAGCUGGUGUGCCAAUUCUGGCUUGGCCCAUGAUAGCUGAUCAACUACUGAAUGCUAAAUUUAUGGUGGAUGGACUUGGAGCCGGGCUUAGUGUCAAAAGGGUGCAAAAUCAAGGCUCUAAAAUUCUGGUUUCAAGGCAAGCUAUAUGUGAAGGUGUGAAGGAAUUAAUGGGAGGACAAGAGGGGAGGAAUGCAAGGGAGAGAGCAGAAGGCUUAGGCAGGGUGGCUAGAAGGGCAGUGCAAAAAGGUGGGUCAUCACAUGAUACCCUCAUCAAGCUCUUUGACCAACUUCGUGUUUUUAUGUAG